AUGUUGAGCAACUAUAAACCAUAUGAGAUCUUGCCCGACAAAUCCCCUCGUAGCAAAUGCAGUCGCCAUCCUUCAAUUGCCACUUCCUACAUCAGUAAUCUCAAGAGCCUCAACCCACCCCCAAACCGGCCACAUACAUACUCACAACCGGCCCGCAUGACUCACGUGCAUGAUCUCAUCCGCAGCCGCCGAAAAAUCUCCACUCUCACCCCAAGGCAGAAUCCUUCUCCCCACAUCUCACUCCUCACAGCAUUCUUCACAGCAUUCUUCACAGCAUCUUCUCCGGUUUCUCGCAUCGCUCCAUCCUCUGCACCCAGAUAUAUCCCACGAUUCGCCAUUUCCGCGCAGAAAUUCAUAUGCAGCUGCAGCGAAAAAGCUGCGAAAGGAAGGACGAAAAUGAGGCUGAGAUGGUUUACCGGUCACCCACUACUCCGUAUACGUUUGAGGCAGGCAAGUGGAGCGCUUGUGAAAUCCUUGUUCUGCUAUCCCCGCGUCGCUUCACCGAGUUUGCUGUGUUAA